AUGGAGAAUCCUCUGCUAAAUCAAGAAAACCCAGCCACCAAAGCCAACCCUAUAGAGAAACCUCUCAACUCAAAUAAAGUCUCUAUUUCAGCCUUUCUCUUCUUCAUCUUCAUCUGUUUUUCUGUGAUCCAUUUUGAUCUCUCUCCUUCUGAACUCUUCCACAAUACCAAAUUCUGGUUCUUCCUUUCCAACGCUCUCAUCCUUAUCAUCGCCGCCGAUUCCGGUGCCUUCUCUUCUUCCAAACAAAAAUAUGAUAUCUAUGAGGACUAUUUGAGGAACAGCGGAGCAAGAAAUGCUUCAUCAUUCGUCCCUGCUAAGACCCGACCCUUCAAUUCCAUUGAAACAAAGAAUGUCAUUUAUGAGGAACCCAUCAAAAAUAGAAAGCCAGAAGAUGUCCUCAAAGGCGAUCUUGAGAAGCCGUCUGUAAUUCUCCCGGAGACUGAACCACCACCACCACCUGAAAGGAUUCCAUUAGAAAGUUUGGAAGAAAACAGAACAGUAGAAAACAGAGAAGAGGAAACCCAUGUUGAAGAUUUUAUUGAAACAAAGGAAAUUCGGCGAAGCAAGUCGGAGGAAGCAAUUUCCGUUGCCGGUAAUAAGAAGAAGAGGAGUCUAAACAGGUCAAUAACAGAAGGGCAUGAGCCGAGGUCUGAAGAGAACGAAUUCUCGGCCAUGACUGAUGAAGAGCUCAACAGAAGAGUUGAGGAGUUCAUCAGGAAGUUUAAUAGACAGAUGAGGCUUCAAGAAACCAGGAGCUUGGGCUGGUUGGAGAAUUAG